GACUGUACCAGGACAAGGUGUUCUGCUUCAUCCAUCUGAGUGUUCAGGAGUUUCUGGCUGCUCUUCAUGUCCAUCUGACCUUCAUCAACUCUGGAGAAAAUCUGCUGGAACAACAACAAACAACCUCCAGGAAGUCUGAAACAGGAAAAUCUGCAGAGAAACACUUCCACCAGUGUGCUGUGAACAAGGCCUUACAGAGUCCAAAUGGACACCUGGACUUGUUCCUCCGCUUCCUCCUGGGUUUUUCUCUGCAGACCAAUCAUAAUCUCCUACGCGGUCUGCUGACACAGACAGGAAGUAGUUCACAGACCAAUCAGGAAACAGUCCAGUACAUCAAGGAGAAGCUCGAUGAGAAUCUGUCUGCAGAAAAAAGCAUCAAUUUGUUCCACUGUCUGAAUGAACUGAAUGAUCGUUCUCUAGUAGAGGAGAUCCAACAGUCCAUGAGAUCAGGACGUCUGUCCUAUGAUACAAUUUCUCCUGCUCAGUGGUCAGCUCUGGUCUUCAUCUUACUGUCAUCAGAAAAAGAUCUGGAUGUGUUUGACCUGAAGAAAUACUCUGCUUCAGAGGAAGGUCUUCUAGGGCUGCUGCCAGUGGUCAAAGCCUCCAACAAAGCUCUCCCUAACUUGAUGUGUGCUGCAGUUGUGGAUCAUCUGGGCCUCUCCCUGGAGGACCAUCCAGCCAGCCGGAUGACUGGAGGGGAGCGGCUGUUUGCCUGGGCCAGAAACUGCAGAAUGGAAUGUCUGAGUGUCCCUAAACUCUCAGAGAGAGGCUAUGAAGCUCUGUCCUCAGUUCUCAGCUCCCGGUCCUCUAGUCUGAGAGAGCUGAACCUGAGUAUCAACACCCUGCAGGAUUCAGCACUGAAUCUUCUGUCUGCUUCAGUGAAGAGUCCAGAGUGUACACUGAAAACACUCAGACUGAGUCUCUGUAACUUGUCAGAGACGAGCUAUGAAGCCCUGUCUUCAGUUCUCAACUGCCAGUCCUCUAGUCUGAGAGAGCUGGACCUGAGUAACAACAAUCUGCAGGAUUCAGCAGUGAAGCUUCUUUCAGCAGGACUGAGGAGUCCACACUGUAAACUGAAUAUGCUGAGACUGAGUCAUUGUCAGUUCUCAGAGAGAGGCUGCGAAGAUCUGUUCUCAGUCCUCAGUUCACAGUCCUCUACUCUGAGAGAGCUGGACCUGAGUAACUCUGACCUGCAGGAUUCAGGAGUGAAGCUCCUGUCUGUUGGAUUGAAGAGUCCAUAUUGUAAUAUGGAAACUCUCAGGUCAGAAUUGAAAUUUUUUCUACUGAUGAUCAUUUCAAACAUGUUUUAUAUUAUUGCAUAAACAGUAUCUUGAUAGGAAAUUCUUAAUUUAAAUUAUCAGUUUCCCUCUCCGUGAAUCGCUACCUUAUCGUGGUGGAGGGGUUUGUGUGUCCCA